AUUCAACCAGACCUACCCUAGACGGAGCAGACCUGUGCAAACGGCAGCAUCCCCAAACUUGCAUCAUUCUGCCACACCUUGGAUCUCCGCACCGGCAUCUUUACCAUCCCCAUCAUCACCAUCACCAUCGCCAUCAUUAUAGGACAGCAAAAUGGCCGCUGUAAAUUCGGUUCAAAACGGACUCCGGCUGCCCCUGGCUGGGCUGGCACCGCCCCGGGUGCUGAUGUGCAGCGCUUCGAUGGGUGCCGAGGGUUCCGUCACGUUGCAGCUGCGUGAAGCUGUCCAGGCGCCGGACGCCGGAACUUCCCUGGAGCACGGUGGACUGACGAUCGGCUACCCGGACCCGGAGAUGCUAGCCGACAUGCUUGGUUCGUUUCAGAGUGCCUCGGCGGGAGCUGCUGGGCUGGGCUCAGAUCAGCCGUCGGCCUCGUCCGGUGUAGCCAUCGGCAACACUGCGUUCGAUCUCAUCCAGGACAGCAGCAGUAGCAACUGUAGCAACAGCCGGCAGUCCGUGUCCGGGCUGGACCCGGUCGCCGAGCAGCACUGCAUUGCCAGCGCCCUGCUGGCCAAGGCGUCUUCACCCACCGGAAGUAGUAGCAGCAGUAGUAGCGGCAGCAGUAGUAGUAGUGCCAACAGUAGUAGCAAUGGCAAUGCGAACGGCAGCAGUAGUUUGACGCACAGCGGGAUCAAGAGUGAGAUCGUGCCCAAAUCGGACAAGCUGAACGGCUGCAUCCCGUCGACGGUCUCGCUGGUAACGGGAUCCGCCUCUCCGAGCAGCAGCAGUAACAGCAGCGUCAGUAGCAACAGCAGCAGUAGUAGUAAUAGCAGUAGUAAUGGCAGCAGUAGUUCCCCAAAAUCCACCUCAGCCGCUGUCAGCAACAACAUCAGCAGCAACAACAACAGUACAACCAGUGGUGGUGGCCCCGUUGGACACAGCACCCGAAGUGAUAGCACCAGCAGCUGCAGCAGCAAUAGCAGCAGUGGCAGCAGUAGUAGUGGCAGUGCCUCGUCUACGACCGCCAUCACGAUCAACGGGCUGCCGACGGUGGUGAAAAAGCCACGGCCCAAAACCGCCUCGCCGACGCGCCACGGUCCCCAGCAGUGUCAGGUUUGCAGCAAAGUGUUCGGGAAUGCUUCCGCCCUGGCCAAGCACAAACUGACGCACAGCGACGAACGGAAGUAUGUCUGUGGAAUGUGCUCGAAGGCGUUCAAAAGGCAGGACCAUCUGAAUGGCCACAUGCUGACACAUCGGAACAAAAAGCCGUACGAGUGCAAGGCCGAGGGUUGCGGCAAGUCCUACUGCGACGCCCGUUCGCUGCGGAGGCACACCGAGAACCACCACAGCGCAGCCGGUGGUGGGCUGGGACUGUCCGGAUCGACUACGCCGACGCCCAUGGCAGCGCCCAGCCCCGGACCGGUGCUGACGGUGACGGCCCCGACGACGAUGACGACGACGGCUUCCUCCUCGGCGAGUACGGCACUGACGGCCAUCUCGACGGCCUGCAGCAACACCACGGGGCCGCUCAGCGGGCUCAGCCUCUCGCCGGCUACUGCUAGCGGUGAUGCCAGCUCCCCACAUGGAGCCACCUGCAGCAUCCAGUUCACCUCGGCGUCCACGUACGGUUCGUCCGGCAGCAGCCCGAUCACCACCAGCACCGCCGCCAACGGCACCACCAGCAUCGGCAAUUGCAACAGUACAAUCUCUACCACUAAUUCCACCGGAAGCAUCUCGGUCACCCUGAACGGCAUCGGCGGUGACUCCCACAACAACAGUUCCAAAUCCCCGUCGCCAAGUUCGCCCGCUGGAAACGGAAACGAAGGCCUCACGCGGCAGCAGUUGGAUCUAAUUACGCAAAUCAUGCAGCAAACGAAACAGGCCAAUGCGGCGGCGGCAGCAGCUGCGGCAGCCGGACAGAAGGUCCCACCGCGGCCCCGUACCUGGAACAUGCAGCUCCAGCUGAGUCAGAACAAGGUUACGACAGCGAUUGUUACCAGUUCAGCAUCGCUCAACACUAGCUACAGCAGCGGUACGUCGAACACUACAGUUUCCGUAGCGCAGUCUGCGGAUGGCAAUGGCAGUUCCCAUGGUCCGGCCCAGUCACCCAACUCCGCUCAAGGACUGACCAAGUCAGACCAGAAGCCCGUCGAGUGCAACCUGUGCCAUCGCAAGUUCAAGAACAUCCCGGCCCUCAACGGGCACAUGCGUCUCCACGGAGGCUACUUCAAGAAAGACUCCGAAACGAAGAAAUGUGAUAAGAAGGAACACACCGGACCUCCGUUGCAGACGGCCAGCGUCGGAGUGCGGGCACUGAUCGAGGAGAAGAUCAUCAACAAGCGUAGCAAGGAUUUAAAGAAUCUGUUGUUGAAGGGUUCGUUCGUGGUGCCGGCAGCUCCACUGACCGCUCGACGGCUGCUGGAAGCAAGCGAAGCGCUACUCUCGCCCAAACCGGGCACGGUCGCCAUCGUGUCAACGCAGAAUGGAACAACGCAGAUCAUCAACCCGAAGGCGACCUUCAUGGCAGCUGGCGGCGGUUCCAUCUGCACCACCACCGAAGUCAAGGACGCCACGCUGAUCGAACUGCUGAAACGUGGCACCAAGGUGGCUGUGAAACGUACCUGUUCCGAUCCUGGUCAAUUAGCAAUCACAACGCAGACAACUACGUCGCAGCAAUCGACGACGGCAACCCGAACCGUAGUGCUCCCCGCAAGCAUGAACAGCGCACCGUCCACUCCAGGCACCACGCCGCCCCUAGCGCUGUCCAUCACCAAUGCCAGUUCAACCGAGCACUCGGUCGUCGGAGCUGCCACCGGAUCCGGCUCCUCUCCUCUUUCACUCACAAUAUCACAAGCGCCUUCCGGCAGUGCAGACGUGUUCACUCUAGCCUACUCUACCGAUGCCACCGGCGCCGCUGCCUUCUUUAGUGAUAACGACGUGUAUAGUGUUAGCGAUACGACCAUGCUAUUGCAGGCCGUCGACUCUAUCCAGCUGCUGCAGGACUCCUCCUCGACAGAGCAACUGGACGAAAUAGCUUCCCUCUCCGACUACACCACCAUCAACGAGCAGAGCUUCACUCCCUCGCGGCAACUCCAAGCCGUCCUGGACUCACCCCUGCCGGAAAGUCUAGCCGAAUUCAGUGCUCUCCAUUCCAAAGACUUUAUACUCUACAGUGGAAGCGCAUCCAACAACACCGCAUCGAUCAACUGCGAUCAUCCCAACAGUCAAGCUUCCAACUCACCGCUUCCGUCUCCUCUAGCCUACCCUACUCCUCCGGCAUCCCACGAACCGGUUGCACAAGCUUCUCCCUUCCUAGACGACUCCCGUCACUUCUCCGAUGCCAGUUCCUUCUUCGACGACAAACGUACUUCUUCCGCAACCAACUUCCUCGACGAUGGCUUCUUCAAGUCUGACUCCAAAGACGUCAAACUGAGUGACGAAAAGAUCCUGGCCCUCAAGAACGAACUCCUGGACGAAAAUCACGAUCUCUUCCGCAGUAACAAGAACAUCCUGGACGAUCACUGUCACGAGUUGUUCAAAAGCGAAGAUAGCUACUUCGUAGAGGAAUCCACCGCUGCCAAACCGUCCAACUCAUUGUCGGCAUCUGCGGCUAACGCAGAAGAAGUGGACUCCGCCUCCAAGAUCAAUCUGGACUUCCUGGACGAAGCACAGGCAUUCAUCAACGAAAGCCGUAACGCAUCCUCUCCACUGUCCAAUGCCUUCUUCUCCGGAACCAUGUCCACCGCCGAAGAGGUCAAGGAAGCACUGGAAGAGGUUCUCCCCAGCGAUGAAGACGUAGUCAUCGCCGAAGCGGAUAUCGAUCUAUACUACUUGAACGGCCUGUCAUCGCUCCAAUCGCAGAUGAUGCCCAAUUCGGACGAUCCGCUGCUGUCGUCCUCCCCAAAGGACUUUGCCCAUCGACAGCACCAAAAGUUCCUCUUCGAACAGCAACUACAGCAAAGUCUACCAACCAACCAACAACAGCAGCAGCAGCAGCAGCAACAAUCAUCAAGCAGCACCUUUUCACCACCGAGUGCCAAAAAGCUGAAAACCGAAGCGGAUGCUGCCCAAUCCGCCGUCUCAGCUAGUGAUACAAACAAAAUUCCACUUACCGUACAAACCGAGCAAAUUCCAAAAGACAACCACCAAGCCGGUGAUUCCGUAUUUCUCAGUCCGAGCAGUAUCUCGUCGACUAGCAGCAAUGGCAGCAGCAGCAGCAGCUCACCAAAGCUCCAGCACGCACUGCUGCGGAAACGAUCCUCUCCGAUACUCCCGAUCCGCAAGACACCGAUCUACCACUCCAAGCUGCGCAAGUCCACCAGCUCUGCAGUUCCCGUUACGCACUACACUCCACAACCGAUGCUGAAUCCGGGUCGCACCGCUCCCGGUCUCUACUCGACGAUCACUUCCUCGCUGGCGAACCAAUCCACAUCCGUAUCGGACUCUACCGUCGACGACACAUCGGACAUCUUUAGCGAACCGCCUCUCCCGAUUCGGCCACGGAUCAAUCUCGGCAACGACUACCAGGCUACUAUACCCGAAUGCUCUCGACCCAGCUAUCACCAUCUCAAUCAACAUCCUGACGUCCUGUACUGGGAUCCACUGGUAUCUCAAAACGAUCAGCAGAUUGCCCGCUUCGUUGAACUCACUCGCUCCUCAGCCGUUCCCCUUGGGUGCCACUCCGAAGAAAACUCGCUCAAAUCUCUGCUGGAAGCUCAAGGUGAAGUGCACAUUGCCAUUCUAAAUCUCCUACAGACGCCACCUUCCGGCAUCCAUCGACGGUGGGCUCCGGGCGAAAUGGAACAGUUCAUCCGCGGUCUCGAACUGUACGGAAAGGACUUCUGUCGAAUAGCUAGCGAACUGCUACCGGACAAAACCACUGCCGACUGCGUCCAGCUGUACUACUUCUGGAAGAAGCUUUGCGUCGACUACAAGACAACCCACCUGCUGCAGCACGGGGACAAUUCGAUGAAGUUCAUCAACCUGAACGCCAACCCCGUGGACGAUCUGCUGCUGGACCACAUCGGGUACACUAGCAACUCGAUCAAACCUAGCCUCAGUCAGCAGACCGGUUCAUCUUCGUCGUCGUCGUCGUCGUCGACCGGUAGCGACGUGCGGCCGCACGUCUGCGAAGUUCCCGACUGUUCAGCGAGCUUUUCCUCGAAGGCCGCCCUGCACGGUCACAUCCGAAUCCACUGCAUCGGACGGUCGGCGGCACACCUAAAUGGCACUUUGCAAAAUGGUAAUUUCUUGAGUACUACUGCCGCUGGUAACCCUAUUAACCCUAACCACAUACCGACAAAGGAUGAUUAUCCCUGCAAGGUGUGCGGCAAGGUAUUUAAUAAGGUAAAAAGCCGCAGCGCCCACAUGAAAUCGCACCGGCCGCAGGAUGCCAGCGAUCAGUUGCAACACCAGCUGCAGCUCCACCAGCAACAGUUGCAACAACAACAACAACAACAACAACAGCAGCAGCAAUCAUGCUCAACGUAAACAAAAGCCAAGUUGACAGCUUUCACAUGGCUGUCAAACUCAAAAACAAAGCGAUAGAAAAGACAUUUUUCAGAGACAAUCUUCAAUCAGUAUGUUUACAAAAAAACAAACACAAACCGAAAGCCACCUCGAAAUUAGUAAUCAUUAAACGGAGAGUUAAAUACGAUCAUUAAAAAAAAAACAAAAACAAAACAAACCUGAGCAAAUCACUGAAACGGAGGUUGUUAAAACAAACAAACAAAUGCAAAUAAAUACGUCAAAGAACCCACAGAAAAGAAACAGAAACUAAUUACAUUCAUACACACACACACACACGGGGGCUACAUCCUUCGCCGGGAGGUUUGCCCCCACCAAAUGUCAAAUUAUCCAUGAAUAUAUACAAACACCGACACACACAUACACACACGCAUACAUUGAAGUAAGAACUUCCAAUUUUAUCUUAAUGCAGAUAAUUAUACAUUGAAACUAAUAUCUACUUGAAAGUGUAAGGGCUCUAGCAGAUAGGAUAAGCAUAAAAGAGAAA